UAGUUUUUGUUAAGCAAGAAGGAUGCGUCUGCGACAGAGAGAGACUGUCGGAAGCCAGUUAUGGCAAGUCACCAUCUAGUGGGUGGCCGGCUGAGUUUCAUUGCCCAGAAACUAUUGGGUUGUUAAGCAAUCAAGAGCGUCACGUUUGCUGGAUGCUAGCUUGUUCCCAUCCAACUCCACUUGCGUUUUUUCAAUACAUAUGCCCAUCACAUUGUGUUCGAGCAAUUGAUAAGUAUCAUAGAACACUCGAUCUAGCUUUGGAUUAUACUGAUGACCAGAAAGUGCUUCGUAGACUCAGAGGAAUGAAAAACGCAAUGAAUGAACCAAGGAUUUUGUCUGAUUGGGAAACUUGGAUGCAACAAAAAACGGCGAUUUUAGUUCGUCGUUCUGUGCGUAAUACGCAUUUUAAUCUUCACAAGGAAAUAAACGCUUUUGCGCAAACCGAGGAAAAGCAACAAAAGACUGGGAUGGUUGAUGAGGAUGAUGAAUUGGAGGUAUAUGCUGAAGAAACCGUUAAAGACGAUGGAACAAAAUGGAUUAAGCAAGCGAAAGUGCGACCACGCACUGAUCUAGCUUUCUAUGAUAUUGUAGACAUGACACCAGGUUCGAAUAGUAACUUUGUACGGUCAUUGGAUAGUAAGGUAGUGCGUGAAAUAAGCAAGUCAAAGUUAUUGCUGACACCUGUCAUAGACAAUGAAAAUGGCGAAAAAAGACGCUAUGGCGAGGUGGAAUCUUUCGAAAGAGACAAUGAUCUCGCAGAUUAUAAUUUAUCCGAGUUAGGUUAUCGAGAGACAUUCCUUACACCACUUAUACGUAGUCUAUUCCGGGAAGACCGAAAUACGGCGAAAGAUGAUGAAGAAAAUAGAAAUUCUGGACGAAAAAUAGACAUUAUCUGGUGUAUGAAACCGACAGAUCUUGAAUUUUCUAUCUGUGAAGUAAGCGGACCACCAAAUAAACGAGAUCAUAGGCACUUUUUCACAGACAAGAUAAAGAUUGCGAAGAUGUUAAAAAUUUAUGCUAUUCCCUCUCUGAUUGGUGGCCGCAAAAUCAUGUGA